UUGUGUUUUCUCGGUUUCGCCGCGCUGUUGGCAGUGGCGAGACCAUGCCAGCACGCAAAUUUCUGUACCUGAAGUUCACUGAUUAGAAAAGAGAACUUCGCGUUCUUCCUAUGCCAAGAUUCGGUCUUGCUUUGGAGCGCACCAGUUUCUUUUAUUUAGCCUAGUUUUUCUCCUUAUUUAGACGUUCUGAAGCUCAGCGGGACCUCAGCCCAGCGUCGCCGCGCCUGUCGAGAUAGUGAGGAGAGAACAGAAUUGUGGAGGCUGUCAAGUUCAAGAGAGCGAUAAAUUUUUUAAAUAAACCGAGAAAAAAAAUCUCCCGACGGUGCCGUUUUGCUUGCAACUGACAGGAGAAAAUAUGUAUCCGUGUUUUCCUUUUGCAGGAGAAACACAGAUAGACCAAGACACCGAAAAGGAGCGGUAAAGACGGCGCGAGGGGAGGAAUAGCCAGAGGGAGAGGAGAGAGGUUCUUGGGUGCGCAGUUGUUUCUUCAGAUCGCUAAUUUUCUGCUUUUGUGUUCGCGGAAGAGAGACGUGUGUCUGCGGCUGGGGCUGCGGCUGACCUGCCCGUUUUGGUCCGCUUUUCACUUCCGUACGAGUUGCAGCCAUGUGGAAGUGGGCCGUGAUUGGCUGGAUCCUGCUGAAGCUGUGCGUGGCGGCUCCUCCUCUGCACAUCGAUCGCCUGGCGCUGUUCCCCGAUAAGAGCGCUUGGUGCGAGGCCAAGAACAUCACUCAGAUCAUCGGGCACACCGGCUGCCAGCCCCACUCCAUACAGAACAGGGCAUGUCUGGGGCAGUGUUUCAGCUACAGUGUGCCCAACACCUUCCCUCAGCUGACCGAGUCCCUGGUGCACUGCGACUCCUGCAUGCCCGUGCAGAUGCAGUGGGAGGUGAUAACACUGGCGUGCCCGGGCAACAAAGAGAUGCCCCACGUGGACAAGCUGGUGGAGCGCAUCCUCCAGUGCAGCUGCCAGUCCUGCGACAAGGAGGCGGACCAGCAGGGGGCGCUGCUGCAGCUCUUUCCCUCCGACGCCACGCCGGAGCCGCCCGCCAGGGGCAACGAGGGCCGCACCCACGGCCGUCCUGGCGCGCACGCCCAACACGCUCACGCCCAGCACCCUCACGCACAUGCCCAACACGCUAAUGUGCAUGCCCAACAUGCUCACGCGCACCCAGACUCGCACCCACACCCACAAAAGCCUGCGGGAUAGUGACAGCAGGAAGGGGGGCAUAGCUUCUUCUUCCAUCUCUGUUCUAUUUCUGUAUUCCGAUCCACUGUUCUCUAUCUAAAAAAGCCCCCGUUGUAUUCCUCUCCUAGAACCAAGCCCCUUUUCUUCCACUUGUGAUUUUGCUCAACCGAAACACUUUUUGGAACCGCGGUUAAGGGCUCCACGCACUGGAGAACUUCACUCAGACUAGCCCAAAAUAAGGAACCGCAUUUUGGGCCCAGUUUUUCCCAAAUUUUUAAACAGGAUCAAAAUGAUCCAUAUUCAAAUAAUCCACUCUUGAAAUUCGGGAUCAUUUCAGUGAUUUUCAUCUGGUUCUUAAAAAGACAGCAAAUUUGGUAAAUAUAAACAAGGUGACAAAAUCUGGAUCUACAAUGCUUUUAUUACAGAUCUGUUGAGCAUGAUCUGCAAAUAGAAUUAAUUUCCCUGAACACUUUAAAAUGGCUUCAUUUUCAUUCCAAAGGGGGGAAAAAAAACAUUUAAAAAUAAAAUUAAAGAUAAUGUUUAAAAAGAAAAAAAUUACACAGAAAAAGAACCGAAAUAUAGUGGAAUGUUUUUUUUAAGUCAGUGUUCUAGAACUAGAACAUUGCUUUCAGUUACCAGUAGUGAUUGUUAAACCAGCAUUAGAAUGUUCAGUUAAGAACAUUCUCAUCACAUAUUGGCAAUUUCACACCGUAAGGGGUUGAGGAGCAUGCGCACGUCAUCGUCUGUUUGCUGAAGUAGGCUAAUGUUGAUUUCACUUGUUCCUCUACUAGACAGGUUUGAAUUAGCUGAACCUUAUUGUCUGUGGAAGAUGUGCAAUUAUAGAUACCAUUGUAAUGCAUUACUGUGAGUGCUCAUGAGUGUUCAAGCUUUAUUUUGCGACGAUCACUUUCCUUUUAAACUUUUUUUUGCUGUUGUUCGGUGUUGCUUUAUCUUCAAUGUAAUAAAUAAAAAAUUAUAUUUUCCUUAG